UUGGUAGCCAAACGGAACCGAGGGACGCCCCUUCCUGACUACUACGGUGCAGGACUGCCCCUUCCGUGCUUGCACUACCCUGUUGAUUCGGAGCAGUUUUGUCAUGGAGAUUUCAUUUGAAGGCAAACGCGCUCUGGUCACCGGGGCAGGAAAAGGGAUUGGCAAGGCCACAGCUCUGGCUCUGGCACGUUAUGGAGCAAAAGUCACAGCAGUCACACGCACACAGUCUGACCUGGACCAUCUGCUGCAUGAGUGUCCAUCCAUCAUACCUGUGUGUGUUGACUUGGCAGACUGGGGGGCCACAGAUGCUGCCCUCAAAAACGUCGGUCCCAUUGAUCUUCUUGUCAAUAAUGCUGCAUGUGCCAAACUCCAGGCCUUUCUCGAGGUCACACCUGACCAGUUUGACCAGUCUUUCACUGUCAAUGUGAAAGCGGUGCUGCAUGUGUCCCAGGUUGUGGCUCGUGACAUGAUCGCCAGAAGAUCAGGAGGCUCCAUCGUCAAUGUGUCGAGCCAGGCGUCGCAAUGUGCCCUGAAAAACCAUGCUGUCUACUGUGCCACCAAAGGAGCACUUGACAUGUUAACCAAAGUCAUGGCUCUCGAGCUGGGACCCCAUCAGAUUCGUGUGAACAGCGUGAACCCCACUGUGGUGAUGACUGAAAUGGGCCGUGUAGGUUGGAGCGAUCCUGACAAAGCCAAGACCAUGACAUCCCGUAUCCCGCUGGGUCGCUUUGCAGAGGUGGAUGAAGUGGUCAACAGUAUUCUAUUCCUGCUGAGUGAUAAGAGCACAAUGACAAAUGGAGUGUCCCUACCAGUGGAUGGAGGCUUCCUCGCCUGUUAAACAAGCACAUCCUGCACCAUUUCACAUUUACUGUGCGUGCUUUUCAAAAUAAAAGCGUUUUGAAGAAAA